CUAUAAAAAACGAUAACAUAUACAUACUAAAGAUUGCUAAAAAAAAGACCCGAACGUCUCCGUUGAUUAAAAAAGACCAUUGCAAUGCGAACCGCUUACGCGACCAGCUCGAACGGAGCUCUGUAAUCACAGUUCUGGUGCAGAUUAGUGCAGCUCCUGUAAAGUAAAAACCAACACACCUGCGGAUAGACUUAUUGUCGCUUGUUGUUGCUUGGUUGCAUCGAUGACCAUUGAUGACAGGACGAUAACAAAUUUGUUUGAUCUUGCAAUUAAACAUGACAGAAACAGAGAAUCUUCUAGAACAUAAACAAUAGCCACAGGUUUUGCAAACCGAGUACUGUUAAUCGCCAACAAUUAUAAUCUUCCGUAAAUAAUUCCGCAUGUUAUUAAAUUUAUAACAAUGUUUUGUAGGAAUUCACGAGUUCUUCCUUAGAUCUAUUAUAAACUGUAUAUUUUCUUAAAAAAAAAUAGUAACACGCAACAUAUAGAAUAUGCAUGUAACGCAAGACUAGCUACUAUUUUAAAUAAAUAAUUUUCCGCAUAAAAAAAGAGGAUCUUGUUAUUUCAUCCGCAUUACAUACUCUUCUAUUUUAUAAUAGAAACUAGAAAGUAUAUAUUUUAUUUUUUUUUAUAAGAAAGUAACAAUUUUUCUUUUUUUUUUUUAUCUCACUUGAUUGUUUUACAACUUGCUCACAUCAUAUAAUAGUGAUGUAUGAAAAAUUGUAAUUUUUCUCUUGCUAAUUUUGUGUCUUGGCAGCAAUUAUUUAUUUAUUUUAUCACAGAAGAAAAGAGCGAAGGAGACAGAGAACGUUUUUAAUUUUCAGAUUCUGUAGAAUCUGAAAAUUUAACUUGUAUGCACAUUUCUUUAGAUAUGAUUAAAAAUAUUUUAAAAUGUGUAUGAACUUCACUCAAUUCAGUCUUCUGCCAAGAAGGAGAAAUGGCCUUUGUCAAUAUGGAUAUGUCCUGUUAAUGCUCGUGUGCAUGCUCUUUGCGUCUAUUCAACCACAUAUUGGCGGAACAAAUGGCAUAAUUCACGGCAACUUUAUUAUUCGCUACAUUGCUGUGCCUUUAAUAUAUUUAGAAGCUGGACUAUUCUGUGACAUAAAGUCUCUUUAUUUGACAUUGAGAGACGGUUAUCUUCUGACAUUUGUGAUGACUUUCACAUACAUUUUGAUGCCAUUUCUAGCACGAAUAGGAACGAAUUUACUGAGAUACGCAAACGUAAAUACAUGGCUACUCAAAGGAAUGGAGGUACUUUACUGCAUGCCGCCACCGUUUAGUACAGGUCUCAUUUUGUGCCGUUUAGCACAGGCUGAUUUGCCUACAAGUGUAAUCACUACAUUGGUAUCACACUUUGGAGGAUUGUUUUUGUCUCCAGUUUUACUAUAUAUUAUGUUAGGAAUAUCCGCUCCACCACUAGUUGGGAUUAAUCUCAGAGAAACCGUGUUCAGCACGCUUGUCCCUUUGGGCGCAGGUAUCAUAUUGCGAUCGUUCGUAUUGAAAGACAGAUUUUCAAGUAUCAGCACGGAAAGAUUAUCUCAAGGAUUAUUGUUGGUGAUAACUUAUCAUUGGUUCUGCGAUGCUGUCUUGACGGAUGCCUCAUCGUUGCAAACAGUAGACAUACUGUUUUGUGUACUUCUUGCAUGUAUAGGCCAGCUCCUGUUUAGCAGUUUAUGUUGGAUCUUGUGCUCUUGGUGGUUACCGCGAAAUAUUUUGCUAGCCGCAUUAUUCACUAGCACUCACAAGUCCGUCGGUCUCGGUGGUUGGAUCUUACGAGGGGCAUAUCACGGCUCGGCUCACGGUCCAGCAGUGAAUUUACCUCUGACAAUAUUGCCUGUUGCACAAUUAUUGUUAGGUAGUUUGUUAGCUAGUUGGUUGACUCCAUACAAGAAAUUUAGAGACAAUAGUGUUAUAAAACAGAGUUCACUUCUUGGUAAUUAGAUUUAUGUAUUAGUUAUAUAGAGUUGUUAAAUCGCACACAACACUCACUUUAGAUAGAAACAAAUCGAUUCUCUCUAAAAAUAUUACAAAUUUUUUAGUAAUAAAGUUGACUAAAACACUUAGCAAUAAAUUAACCAAAAGGCUGUGCGCGUAAAAUAAAGAGUACAUAUACAAAAAAAAAAGAAAAGAAUAACUUGUAUAAAUGUUACAUUAACGUAUCAAUUCUUACUUUAUUUGGACACUUUUUUUUUACAGAAUAUCGAUUAUAUACUGGGUACUCAAUGUGAGAAAAUCAAUUUCACAUUUCACACAUCAGACAAUUUUAUUCAUUUUCAAUGAAAUUAUAUUUGGAAUGAUUGAUUUCUUUUUUUUUUGUUUGAAAAAAUUAAUCUCGUAUGUUGAAUAUUUAGUAGAUUAUUUACAAUUGUUAUUGUGUAUAAUUCGAUACUUACCUUGAGACUGGAUGGAAUGGUUUUGUGUGUAAGAAUCAUGUAUAGUCGUUUUAUAAUCUGGAUUCAAAGACUUUAUGUAUAAAUAAGACGCGAAUAUCAUUUGAUUGACUUCCAGCAAUCUAAUUCAUUGACAUCUGUUGAAAAGAAACAUCAUAGGAAUGAUACAUUGUACUGCUCAUUAUUAUAAGAACCGUUUUUUUUUUUUUUUUUUUUGAA